UCGCAAUGUACAGACAGACUUACUGAAAAGCUCAAACAAGACGGACCUGGAUGGAGCCAAGAGUGCCCGGGAUGUCGCCUCCUCGCUCGCUCACAACGACAGACCUGAUGAUGCUUGCAUGAGCAGCACCGCCACCGUUUCCCGCUUCCUAGCGCAACAGGGUCUCUAAGAUUGUGAGAGACCACUGGAGCCUGCUGGGCCUGUGUACGUUCCAACGAUGCCCGAAUCGUUCCCCGCAUUCUCUUGCCACUGAUCGUCGAAUGGGUGCUCGAUUUGGUUUCGGGGAUGGCAAAUGCGAGUUUGGCUCGAUGAUCUUGCGAAGGAAUAUUCAUGGUAGAGUUCUCCCAAGCGAAGUGUCUGAGACCGGGUGUAAUAACCUGAGACCGGAAAACUUUCUCAGUGUGAUCAGUUGGGAUGUCGUAAGGGCACAUAGUAAUUUAUACUGGGUCUGAGAUAGUGGAAGCAUAUUUUGGAUGCCAAGCAACAGUGCAGCUCGUGGCCUGGCUUUAUAAUUCCAAGUUCCUGAAAUAAGUUACAAGCAGUAACAUGUGGUUAGUGAGAGGCUGAAGAUAGACUGCAACCCAUGCUUUUUGGUUAUCAUCGGAAUGAGGGAGAGGAUUCUAUUUCUAUUAAUUUUAGGCAGUGACAAUAGUUUUUCAUUCCUCUGGCAGUAAGCGAUCUCUUGCUUACAGCUUUAAAAAUAUGGUCCUCGAGCCGAUUUAUCUUGACCUUAGCAGCUCAGAUGAUGAAGAUGAAGAUCCUAACUGGGACCGGAAUGAUGCAACCGGGCCAACAGCAUUUACUUGUUUUCCGAAGGUCUUCAAUAUGGACGUGGAGGAUGAUGAUUUGUUUAUCAUCGACAAACCCAAAAGUACCGGUAAAGCGAAGAACGACAGGGAAAGAGUGAUAAGAAGUGCGAUUGAUGACGAUGAAUGUUGUAUUUUGGAUACGGACCCUGGUGCAGUUGAGGCAACCGAUAUCGUUGUACCUUUUGAUACAGAUGAAUUGGUGAUGACUGGAGAAAAAGGGCCUGUGGCAUGCAGGGAUUUUCCACAUGCUAGAUAUCUAUGCGUUCACUUUCCGUUCAAGACCACCCUUCACUCCAAGUACUGUUCCCAGUGUCAUUGUUAUGUCUGCGAUUCAUUAGCUCCAUGUGCUCAGUGGGGCGAGGGGAACAAUUCAAAUGAUCACUGUCAUGCAUCAGAGGAGCCUCGUUGGAAAAUUCUACGAAAGGUUGCAAAAUGUGGUACUGUUCCGUCACCUGUGCCUCCCGCGUCCGGAGCAUCAGCCCAAGCGGCCGCUACACUGUCAAGUAUGUUCGGGGCCGAAAACCCAACGGGAGUAAGUAGACUGGCCCAAUCAAACCUAUUACAGGCGCACACUUCACGUUCAUCACCGAUUGUUCACUCGCCACUAAAGAGAGAUCCUUUAAUCAUCAAGUUGAAGGGCAAAGCCCGUGGAAAAGCUUCUCAACUUGCUCGCCUUGGAGUCCGUUCAUCUCGUCCUGAUCGGCCCAUACCCCUGUCUUCUUUACCAGGACAUAGACAACGACCUCCUCUAAGACCUUCCUCCACGGUUCCGGAGAGUAUACCAGAUGAGUGUAGUAAUCAGCUUCCACCGAGACCUUCCUCAACACCUUCCGAUAGAGUUCAAGUUGAUGCCAUAGUCUCGAUUCCUACACAACCUCUGCAGCUGUCUCAACCCACAAGAUCCAACCCCCGCCAUAAUCCUAGUACUGGAAGAGUUGCAACCAUUUCAGCUCUACCCCUACGAUCUCAACAUUCUGUGCCCACUGCUAAUCCGCUUUCCAGUAUAGGAGGUAAAGGUGUUGCAACUAAUCAGCCACCGCCCAACCCCAAUGCAGCUCCAUAUAAUCCUUCUAGUUCUCCACGCCUGCCCAAUAAUUCACCACCUUACAUUACGUCUCCACCUCCUGUUAGUUCGCAUGAUCAUUUUUUGCGGCCUUCUGUUGCAGAUUCCGCUGUUCCAGGCUUCGUCUCAUCAGUUCCUCAUAUUCCUGACAGUAGGUACGUUCCUGCCAGCGCCUUGAGUGACGUGAAUAUGGCUCCAGUUUAUGAGGAUCAGAGUAGUUUACAGGCGCUUGCUGUACAGAGGCCUAGUGUCAUAAUCAGUUCUGAUUACGUAGCUCAGAGUUAUAGUAGUCCUGUGGACUCAGCAGCUCAUAUUGCGGAUAUUCUGGCGGGACCAAUCGAAGGAUUGGAGGUGGACGCAGUCGCUCAAUUCGACUAUUUCGCAAUUACUGGAAUCGGCGCGGUGGAAUCUCCCGGUGCUAGUUGGCAGGCCACGCCAUCCCUGAACGACGUGCUGGAGCAAAUGGCACGUGACGAUUUUCUGUGGGAGCAGUAUCCUGGUUUGUAAUAAACCCUCACCACUGGCAUUUGGAUGCACCUUGUUUGACUGGAGAACAAAAGACUGAUUUUGGCGAUAAGUUGAUGUUCCGAGGUUUUUCUUUCGCAAUUUUCGGAAGAAGACUUCAUGCCCCUGCUCUCAGCUAGUUCAGGGAUGGACUAAAAAUGGGCGCCAUGUCAUCUUUCAGGUCUGAAGAGAUCCUGGUAGUCCACUCAGCCACUUCUUCGAGCGAGAAAGGGAGCUUAGUCCAUCGGUUUUGCUAGUGAUUGAAUUUUAGUAUUUUGGCAGCAGUUCAUUUAAAUGAGGAUGCCAGAUUUGUGCAGGGCGAUGAAAUUGUUGGGCAGAGUAAAUAUCCAGUUGAUUAUUUUCUGCUAAUGAUUGACCAUUCAAUCCGUAAUUUUGAUAUAAAUUUAAACUCAGUGUAGCUGAUAAAUGUUAUGCAAGUCGGUUAUUGAACAACAUGACAAGCAUUAUAUACCGCUGUGGAAAAUCACUCUGUUGCAACAGGUGAUCUUGUUGCUUUCAAUCCUUAAAAUUGACCUCUGAAAUUUUUUGUUUGGAGGGUUGGAGUUUUUGCA